GGAAGAUCAGUUACUCGAAGACUCUCCACGUGGGUGCCUGCCUUUGUGGAGAACAUUACGACACUGCAGAACAGGGAACAUGGAGGACGUCCAGGUGCGACCGGUGAGGCAGGAGGAGGCGGAGCAGCUGAUGACCUUCCUGCUGAAGCACUACUACGCCGAGGAGCCCCUCACGGUGGGCACAAGUCCCCCGGAACCGGACGCCGCCGACAAGGAGUUCCUGCUCUCGAAUAUUCCGCACGGAACCUGCUUCCUGGCCGUCCUACCGGAGGCCCAGGGCCAGCGGAUAGUCGGCGCCGUGGUGGCGGGGCCCAAGGACGCGACGGCGCCUCAGGAGGUGGCCCAGGAGGCCGCAAAGCACGCCGGCACCAAGUGGGGUCGCAUCCUCACCGCCCUCUCCGCCGUGGAGACCGCCACCGAUGUGUGUCGCCGGUAUGAGGUGCCCAGCAGCAUCCACGUCCACGCUCUGGGCGUGGAUCCCGCCGUCAGAGGCCGAGCGCUGGGCGCCCGCCUCAUGACCGCCGCCAUCCAGCAGGCCCGGCAUCUGGGCCACCGCCUCGUCUCCGUCGACUGCACCAGCGUCUACUCCGCCCGCCUGGUCCGGGGCCUGGGCUUCGAGCUCGUCCACACGCUGCGCUACGCGGACCUGAAGGACGCCGGCGGGGAGCAGCUCAUCCGGCCCCCGGCUCCUCACGAGAGUAUCCAGACCUUUGUGCUCCGGCUGUAGUGGGCCGUGGAAUGGCUCGGAGCAGCAGUUCUACCUGUUCCACCUGGCUAUCUCCUAUCUUAUCAGGGCCUUGCCCAAACACCUGUUAUCGAACGUGUAAAGUAUCUAUAGUGGCCCUCAAUGUUAGAACUCUAAUCUGGGAAUUGGCGGUCUUUUUUGCCCUAAAGAUUAUGAUAAAAAAUAAACUAUACCCGCCUUUGUUUUCAAGAAAGGAUACGGUUCUCUCCCUUUGUAA